UUUGUAAGCAGGUUAGCGGUAACUGGUUUGUUUAGGGCGGUCACCGCUCUUCAGCAGGGAUCGAGGGUUUGAAUUUUAACAUCUGCUGCCCACCAUCGCAAUCAAAAUGGAAACAUAAAGAACUGGAGCCUAUAGUUCGGUUGCAGAGCUGUUGUUGUCCUGCAGUGGGCGGCUUGUGGACGAGGAUGAGGGAUCUUCAAGGCGUUGACAGCCUGCUCUUGAAGGAGCUGAAGUCAUGCUGUGCCAAAGAGUCCCACUUCCUUCCCAGGGAGGCCGGCCUGAGGCUGAUGGAGGCGGCCUCUGAGGAGAACCACGGCGGAGUCUCUGGGAAAUGCAGAGACAGCCGAGUGGAGGAGCUGUGGGGCCUGACCAGCUUCUUCGGCUACAGCACCCAGACCUUUGUUCAAGCUGUCAGUUUGCUUGACAGAUUUCUCACCAUCAUGAAGGUCCAGCCCAAACACUUGCCCUGCAUCGGAGUCUGCUGUCUUCACAUUGCCGCCAAAAUGGUUGAGGACGAGAGCAAUGUCUCAUCCACCCAUGAACUCAUUCGCAUCAGCCAAAGCAAGUUCACUGUGUCAGACCUGUGUCGCAUGGAGAAGAUCAUCUCAGAGAAGCUCAGCGUGGAGCCUGAAGCAGUGACCGCCUUCACCUUCCUCCAGCUCUACUACUCAGCCUUCACCUCCCUGUCUGCUGGAAGGAAGGAGAUCCCAAGCAUUGGGAGACUGGAAGCCCAGCUUAAAGCCUGCUUAUGCCGGCUUGUUUUCUCUAAAGCAAAACCGUCAGUGUUGGCGCUGGCCCUGGUUGCUCAGGAGUUUGAAGCCCUCCAGGCCGUCACGCUGAUGAAGAUUGUCCAACAAUUCCAAAGACAUCUGAAGAUCAGUGGCAGCGAGCUGCUCCACUGGAAGGACCUGGUGGCCAAGUGUAUGACAGAGUACCGCUCGAGUGAAUGUAAUAAACCCGACAACAAAAAGCUUGUCUGGAUCGUGUCCAGGAGAACAGCGCAGAACCUUCAGGCCAGUCACUUCAGUGUUCCUGGUCUGCCAACUAUUCCUGAGAGGAGCUGGGACGAGAGUGAGAGCGAGGACUCCUGCGAGGACCUGAGCGCUGGAGAAGACAGUCCGUGCGGUUCGUUAGGAAGCGACGGCGAAGGAGCCUUCUUCCCCUCCACGUUCCUCAGCAGCAGGAAGUGAUGAGCCUGAGCUGAGCAGAUGUCAGGGCAGACCUGUGUGUCUCACUCGUGUUUGGUAGUUACGCCAAGUGACAGGUUUUUAUCAUGAAGUGCCUGUGUUCAUGUAGUUUAUCGUCUGUUCCUUUAAUGUCUAAGCAAACAUAUCGUAAUGAUGCAACAAUGGACAAAUUGCAAAACCUUGGCAGCUUGAUGGCAAUACAUCUGAAUGUCUUCGUUCCCCGAGAUGUUCUCUUUGUGUUUGUUUGUGUCCGAGCUCGACACAUUCCAGGAAAAACGGUGAAGCACAAAGACGACGUCGGUCAUGAGGUACACUCGCCUUGAUACCAGCCAACACACGAGCACAUCCUCAGUGGUUUUUUUUUACAACUGUUUUUAUACUCCGUCCCAUACACAGUGUUCUGCUAGCGUGUUGUUCUGAUGUGACAUAUAUGACGUGGUGGUGAGGAAAUACCAGCCUGUAAACGCAUGUGAUGAUGAAUGGAUGUUCACGUGUACCAAGAUAAGCUUACUGUAAAAAAAAAAAAACGUUUUAAAAAAAUGUACAUAACGUGUAUAAAAAGAAGAAAAAAAUCUGUUUUGUGAUUGCUGCAUAACGUGAGACGUAUUUGGAUAUAAUGUGAAAUAUGUUGGCAGGUCAGAAACAAGCCUUCCAAUAAAAAACCUUUUAUCAACCACA